AGAUAGUUGAUGCUAUAAGGAGUAACUUAGGCUACUUUUAUAUUAGAAUAAGAAUUAGGGUUUCGGGCAAAAAAAUUAAAACCCUAAAUUACACGCGGGCGAAGUCGCGGGGAACAGCUAGUUUUAUAUAAAAAGUUAAAAAGGUAGAAUAGAAUUCACUAGUUAAUCUGUGGAAAUUGUGAAUGUAUGCCGCGAAUGAUGGGAUUAUAGCAACUUAUUUAACUUUGGUAUAAGUUUUAAUGUACUGUUAAAUUUCUUUAGCAAUAAAAAUUCGAAGAAAAAUUAUAAAUACCAAAGUUGAAUGUUUAUUUGUUUAAUUUGUGGAAACUUGUGAACUAAUCAAUAACUAGGCAAAGUUGUUCGGUUGGACGUGAUUGUCCUUUAUAAAGUUAACCCCGGGCAAUCGAUAGUGCAACGACGAGAACUAUAAAUAAAGUACAGGUGCAUGUGGAUCAAGACGGAGGGAACGAAAAAAAGCCAUGGAUGCCGAUAUGCCUCCGGUUUCAUCAAUGACUUUCACUCUCAACAACGGCAUUAAGUUGCCUGCAGUUGGAUUAGGCACUUACCGUGUGCGCCAACCUGAUGUAAUAAUGCAGGCUGUGGAUGAAGCCCUGGCAGCUGGUUACCGUUUAUUUGAUACUGCAGCAGUAUAUGGCAACGAGGGGGCUCUGGGUGAUGCUUUUAGAAUGUUACUUCCUAAGUAUAAUCUGGAAAGGGAAGAUAUUUUCAUUACAACCAAAUUAUCGUCGGCGGAACAUGGCAACUCAAAUGUGGUAAAGCAGGCUUAUCAGAGGUCUUUAGACAAUUUUGGCGUGGAUUAUAUAGACCUGUUUUUGAUCCACUUCCCCGGUGCUGCCAAGCUUCCUUCUGGCGACCCGAGAAACGCUAAAUUGCGCGCAAGUACUUGGCAAGGGCUGGUGGAUCUAUAUGACGAAGGCUGCGUCAAUUCCAUUGGUGUUUCCAAUUUUACUCUCAGGCAUCUCAAGGACUUGAAUGUGAAGGCCACAGGCGUAUGCCCAGUGGUUAAUCAGGUCGAGUGGCAUCCAUAUUAUUAUCAGGAAGACUUACGCGCCUAUUGCAUGAAGAAUGAGAUUUGCCUGCAGGCGUACUGUUCGUUCGGGGGUACUUCGCACGAAGACACGUCACUCUUAAAGGACCCCGUAGUGAGAAGCAUAGCUGAGCGUCACGAGGCUACGUGCGCGCAGGUGCUGCUGGCCUGGGCGCUGCAGCAGGAUGUCGCAGUCAUCCCCAAGUCCGUGGACCCAGCUCGCAUACGUGAGAAUAUCACUAUUGAAUUUCGUCUCACCGAACACGAGAUCAAAGCCCUCAAUGCUCUAGGAAGCAAGAAACAAAAAUACGCUUGGGAUCCAAACAUUAUACGUUAAACAACUGCAGGCGUUUGGCAUAUCUUUAUUUUCAAAUAAAUGUCUUUAAUAAUUACUUGUAAAGAAAUACUUAUAUCUACAUAUUUAGGAGACGGUCGCUUGCCAGUUGGACGUUCUGAUUAUUGUAUUAUAAAUGUACCUUUAUUGUCUCUCUCUGUGAUAUUUCUGAUAUGUGUUACAGUAGACGUAGGUGUAAGAUGUAAGUUGCUUUUGAUCAAAAACCCUGCACUUCCGUUCGCUCCUAAUGACCUCCGCGCUCUCACAAAUUGCUAGGAAAGUGGAGUGUAAACAAAAGAUUUAGUUUCCGACUGUGUUGGCUGUGUUGGGUUAUUAUUAAACUCACGCGUGGAUUGGACUCUAAGUACAAACAAAAUAUGGGUAGUUAAUAAUAUAAGUGUUUUACAAAUAAAUAGUUUCCUCGAAGUCUAUUUCAAUUUUAAAUACUAAGUAAUAACAUAAAUAUUAAAUGUGACUUUAUAUGUCGAUAUUAUCUAAAGAUAGCUGAAGGAAAGGUAUUUUAAGUAUUUCGUGAGUGUUUGUCUUUUAUUUGAUAACACGCUCGAAUAAUUGUUGUAUUUGCUUGAACAUAUCGCGAGCUCAGGGCCCCGCGAAUGGUUGAUGUAACGAGGCCCUAUCACGUUAACAUUUCAUGCCCAGUGAUAUUGUUUUUAUUAUAUUAUUAUAGCUACCUGUCAACUUAGUCAAGUAAUGUUUCAUUAUUAAUUAAUUUUAAUUAUAUUAUAAUAUCGGCCUUGCCAGCCUAGGCAAAAUUUCCGACGUAGUCGGUAUGCAAGGCAUGUUCAUCUUUUCAGAGCUUUAUAUAUAUGUAUAAGCGGAAUUUGGCCUUGAAACCCCAAGGUCUUGGUCAUCGAAUCAAAUUAUAUUUAAAACGCAAUUGAAUUGCGAAAUUUCCAUUAUUGAAUAUUGUCGAAUUAUUGUAUGUGAAAAUUUCAGCAUAAAGACUGAAAUAAAUGAACGUAGGCAUUUAUAAGCAAGCUUAUAACGUUAUUGGAUGUAUAUUUAUCGUGGAAGUAAUGUAUGUAAGCGUGUAGUUUUUGGCGUCCGAUUCAAUAUGUAUACUGAACUAAAAAUGUGCAGAGUUGAAUCACAUUAAAUGUGUCUAAUAUUU